UGGUCUCACUAGCCUACUCUGCCAUCAUAGACAGAAUAAGCCAUAUAAGUAAGUAGAUGUGUUAGCACUCAAAUAAAAUUUUAUUUACAGGAACAAGGUACUGGCUAUAUUUUGACUGAAGAUGGUAGCUUACUGAGCCUUGGAUUCGAUUAUUUCUUAAUAACUCAGGCAAAAGAUCAAGGAUGUUUGCUGGCCGGGUUGCAUCAAGUAGAAGUUCAUCAUCCACUUCUAUUUAGCUUAUUAUUUUGAUUGACAGUCUGUUCAACUUUGGUUUUGACAUGCUGAUUUUUACACAAGGAUUUCUUGAAGAACGAUCAGUGCUAGAAUAAAAACUAUCCAAACUGACAAUUGGCCAAUUCAAACUUUUCUCUAGUGGUCUCAUCUGUUUCUUAAAGGGGAGAGUAGGAGAGGGGCUGGGUAGAAACAGCAGUCAGAAAAAUAGAACAGGAAACCCAAACUCUAGCUGGACGGAUCUGUGAUGAUUCCAGAUGGCAAGAUGUGUUUCCUGAAACCCCUCACUUUGCUCCUGGCACACAGGAGCAUCAUGGUGACGGUGGUAAUCGUUUCCUCUCGUGUCCUCUCUUCCUGUACAGCAUCAGUGCCAAGAAAGCACAGCAGGUCCUUACCACAGUUAUUCCAGGAAGAAAAAAUGGGAAGUUUCUGGAAAUGCAUUGGAAGUGUCUAUGGAAAACAUUGGUGAACAAGUUAUGUGUCUGAUGGCUUAUCACCUACUUUUUGCAAUGUUUAUCUGGUCAUACUGGAAAACUAUCUUUACAUUACCAAUGAAUCCUUCAAAAGAAUUCCAUCUCUCCUAUGCAGAGAAAGAACUGCUGGAAAGAGAGCCAAGGGGAGAAGCUCAUCAGGAAGUUCUUAGGCGAGCAGCCAGAGACCUUCCUAUCUACACCAGGACCAUGUCUGGAGCGAUCCGCUAUUGUGACAGAUGCCAGCUUAUCAAACCAGAUCGCUGCCAUCACUGUUCCGUCUGUGAUAAAUGUAUCUUGAAGAUGGAUCAUCACUGUCCCUGGGUGAACAAUUGUGUUGGAUUUUCAAAUUAUAAAUUCUUCCUUCUUUUCUUGGCUUAUUCUCUUCUGUACUGCCUUUUUAUUGCUGCCACAGAUUUACAGUAUUUUAUCAGAUUUUGGACAAAUGGCCUACCUGAUACCCAAGCCAAGUUCCAUAUUAUGUUUUUAUUCUUUGCUGCAGCUAUGUUUUCUGUCAGCUUGUCUUCUCUGUUUGGUUAUCAUUGUUGGCUAGUCAGCAAAAAUAAAUCUACAUUAGAGGCAUUCAGAAGUCCAGUAUUUCGACAUGGAACAGAUAAGAAUGGAUUCAGCUUGGGUUUCAGUAAAAACAUGCGACAAGUUUUUGGUGAUGAGAAGAAAUAUUGGUUCCUGCCUGUUUUUUCAAGCCUAGGUGAUGGUUGUUCAUUUCCAACCUGCCUUGUUAACCAGGAUCUCGAACAACCACCCACUCCUGCAGGACUGAGGUCAGCAGCUAAAAAUCCUGAAAACAAUCAAUUUCCUGCAAAGCCAUUAAGAGAGUCCCAGAGCCAUCUCCUUACUGAUUCUCAGUCUUGGAUGGAAAGCAGCACAAACCCAGGAAAAGGCAAAGCUGGUAUGAGUAACCCUGCAUUAACCAUGGAGAAUGAGACUUAAUUCUUCAGGCAAAAUAAGUUCUUACUGUCUAAAAGUACUAAUGAUACUGAAGGAUGGAAGAGGCUUCUCACAGGAAGGCGCCAUCUGUCACUUGUGCUUGUAUUAUCCCUUUGCCUAGAUAUGUAGAUUUUUUGCUUGCUUGUAUUUUUGUUUCUUCCAAGAGCUUUGUGCUUGCAAGCACUGUACAACUGAGCUACAUAAAGCAUAACAUGUUUUGAACCAAUAUAUAAAUUGUUACAACUAAUGAAUUCCUGUUAUGUAUUAAAGGUAGUUAUGAUUUAUUUAUCAAAGGGGAAAUAUCUAUGAAAACCUGGGAAUAAAUUCAUAGGUCAUUUUUCACCAGUUUAAUCCGAUAAAAAUCCCUUUAGUUAUUUGAGUUUUCUGAUUCAGAAAGUUUGGACUACAGUCCAAAAAUUUGUAAGACUUCAAGUUACAUUAUAAUUUUAAGCUUUGUGAGACCUAUUUACUACCUUUAAGUAGAAGGUAAAAAAUCAGAUUUAAUUUAUGGUUUUUCCCUCUACAUGAAUCUAAGCCUCAGAAUAAGAGAGCUCUAGUAAAGUGAAGAUGGACAUACAUUUUUGCCAGAUGUUAAUUCAAAUUCUAAUAUUUUCUCCUUUCUGGAAAGUAAGCAUUGAAACUUGAGCUCACUACUCAAAGCAAUUAUAUAGAAAAUUGUUCUCAAAACUAAUCAUGUUUUGACAAAAUAAUUCUAUUAUAUCAGAAACAUUUUCAGCUCUUCUAAUCUUAAAUUGGGGGGGAGCAAGAAAUCUGUGGCAACAGUUAUGAAGAUUGAAUCAUGGUAUUCUUGAGUUUGACUUUUAUAAAACCUCUCCUUCAGGUUAUUUCUUCUAUUGAAUAGUAGAUGUAUUUAAUUGUUGAGAAUUCCUUAGAGAUCAAUGGAUCAUUUCUCCAGUGAUGUCUGUACUAUUUCUCUGUCUUCCAAAAAUAUAACAAAAUGAUUAAAUUAUAUAAAUCAUUAAACAAAAACCAUACACUUUGGAAAUUUAGUUCAACAUGAACAAAAUGGUGCACUAUGUGGAAAUUUAGUUUAAGAUAAGCUAAGGUGAUGUGUCUCUUGAUGCCAAAAUGUUUGGCUUCAGUAAACAUAUUCAGAAGUUCCUGUGCCUUGUAUGCACUAUUAAAAAAAAAAAGAAAGAAAAACCUCUCACUUAAAAAAAAAAACACCACCACUUGAAUGGAACUUAAGUUUUGUAAAUGUUAAUGAGAGAAUAACAUAUAAGAUAUAUAAUUUCUUUGGUAGUGAUUUUGAGAAUUUGAAGCAAAUCAUGUAUUAAAAACAGCUAAGGAAUUGGUGUAAAUAUGUUCAACACACCAUAAAGUAGGUCAGAAGGUAAUAGAGUACAAGAUCCAUGCAAUUACUAAGUCUUACUUAAAAAAAUAUAUAGUUUUAUAUUAAAUGUGUUUCUGGUAGAACCAAUGCCGAGCCCAUUUUACAGCUCUUUUCAGUGCAAUUCUUUAAACACUAGAAUGGCCAUUAUUUUUUAUCUUUUUUUUUUUUUUCCUAUUCAAGUGUUUGAUCUGACAAUCUGCUUUAAGAAAUCACAGAAGACAUAAUAGUUUCACUUUUAUCUUGAAUCAGUUGUUGAGGACUCGUCAUUACCUGAAGUGCCAGACUGGACCCUCUCGCUCUUGCUAUUAGUGUCCUGAGGGGCCACAGCCACAUGAAAGAUGAAGAAUUACGUGCGGCCACAUGUUUGGGGAAGCACAGGAAUGCUACAGCUGUUUUCUUUGACAUUCUGUUAAGUAUUUCUUGUCCAAAGGAAGCUAGGGAGAAAAGGAGGGACUUUUAUCUUUUAUCCUGCUAGAAUACUGUUAACUCUUCCUCCAAGUCUUUGGGGUACUUACAUAAUUCAAUAUACAUUAGACCUGGAAAAGUUUUUUUUUUAAAUAAACUGUUUUUCCAUUAA